AUGGCAUCGCCGUUUGCGCUUCCAGCCUCGGAACGCCAAGCGUUCUUCACGCUGCUUGAUGAAUAUUUUUCGUCUCGGCCUCAUGUUUUAGACCAUUUCCAAACACCAUUGGCGCCGUCCGUGACGGCGGCCCCCACUGUGUCCACUACGUCAGACACGCCCUUGGCAGGGAAAAAAGCCGCGCCACCCCCACCUCCCCGCCGAAGCAAUAGUACCAUGUCUUCGGCUUCGACACCUGCUCCCCCCUACUCCCCACCCGUGGACCACCUCGCAUCCGAGAUGGAGGACAAAGCUCAUGUUUCGUCCGUGCAUCACGGCAUUCGCAAGCCUGCAGGCUUGACGACCACCAAGUCUAUUGGAUUUUUGGAUACUUCAUCGAAAGGGGCUGCUGUACGUUCCGUAAUUGGGCAUGCUGUUAAGCGGCCGGAAGACCGACCUGCUCCCGGGGCUGGCGACUACUACACCUCGCCCCCUGCUGUGGCAACGCCAAGCACAUCAACGUACCCUACAGCUGCCCCCGUUUCUACGCCGGCGUCCGCCGUAUCGUCCUCUUUUAUCGGUACCGCUGAGGCCUUGUAUACCUUUGCUGGCACAGAACCUGGCGAUCUUCACGUCGAAAAGGGCGAGACCAUUCACCUGCUAGAGAAAGUCUCCGCUGACUGGUACCGUGCUCAAAGUGCGGAUGGCACACGGGAAGGCAUUGUCCCGACCAACUACAUCCAAGUAUCGUGA